UGUUCUUCUCUUCUUUAUUUUAUUCAAAAAAAAAAAAAAAAAAAAAAAAAAAAAAGAAAAAAAGAAAAAAAAUUUCAAAUGUCAAAUCAAAAUCAUAAUCUAUAUAAAUUGACUUCAAACCGAUCUUAUUCAUAAUAACAGUGGAACAAAUAGGAAACGACGAAGUUUGUUAUUUAUUUUCGUUAUUUGCGUUUUACAUUACCAAUUGGAAUAAGAAAUUGAGAAACAAAGAAUAUAUUAAUUCUUGAGGAUGUAUAAAUUAUGAAUAAGAAGAAGGAAGAUAAUGCGUAAGACGUAUUGUUCUUUGGAUUAAUAAAUUAAUAAUAUCGAUAAAGUAUUAAUAAAUAAGAAAGAAGUGAAGGAAGAAAGAAGUGGACGGAGAAGAAAAGAAAAGAAAGGAAAAGAAAAGAAAAAAAAAGGAGAAAAAAAGAAAGAAAAAUGGAGAAAAAUUGUAAAAUUGAGACAGGACUACUCAGCAUGGAUAAUAAUAAAGUAUCCAUGUCGACAAAAUUGGCUUACGCCUUGGGACAUAUUUUCAACGAUCUGACAGCAGCCAUGUGGUUCUCAUAUACUUUAAUUUAUCUGCAAAAGGUUUCUCUUUUGGAACCAAUAAUGGCUGGGACGUUAUUGUUAUUAGGUCAAAUCGUGGAUGCUUUCACAACGCCAAUCUUUGGCUUUCUCGUCGAUCGUUACUGCAAGAAAAAAAUAUGGCACGUGAUCGGCUCAGUUUUGGUCACCCUAAGUUUCCCAAUUAUAUUUGGAGGUUUCGCUAAUACCUCCAAUUCUAUCAUCAUGUUCUUUUAUAUACUGAGCAUCAUAAUCUUCCAGAUUGGCUGGGCAGCCGUACAGAUAUCGCAUUUAUCUAUGAUACCAUCUUUAACAAACUCGUUAAUCGGUCGUACCGAAUUAACAGCUAUAAGAUAUUCAGCGCAGGUGAGCUCAGCGGUAGUUGUUUUCGUGGUCACAUGGAUUGUCCUUCCAACAAAUGGAGAAUCGAUGGUGCUACUCGAUCAACACGACGACUACAAAUUCAGAAAUAUUGUGAUCGUUGUAACGGCAUUCGGUUUGACUGCGACCACUCUCUUUCACAUUCUCCUGAAGGAAAAUCUUUUGGAAAAUAGGAGUCAAUCACAAGCCAAAACGAACCCCGACGAAUCUAGUUGGCUUUUAGAUGGUUUUUCAACCCCAAGAAGAUCCUGGUUUGGUACAUCAAUUUUAUUAAGAGUUGCAAUGUUAUAUGUUGCUAGUAGAUUAUUUAUAACCCUUGCUACUGUUUACUUACCACUUUAUAUCGAGGAGACAGCAGUUGGUGGUAAACAAGCAUUGGCUACGGUACCAUUGGUAUCUUAUUUAUCAUCCUUCAUAGCUGCAUUGUUGUUAAAAUAUAUGAACAGAUCUUGUGGAACAAAGAUAUGUUACCUUUGCGGAGCCCUCAUUGGUAUUCUUUCGGCAGCCAUUACAGAAUUUGGCGGGAGUCAUGGAAUCGUUACAUACGCAAUUGCCAUUCUUAUUGGUGCAGGCAGUUCGAUUACCAUGGUAACGGCUUUAAGUGUUACAGCUGAAAUUAUUGGUCCUCGAACUGAAAAAAGUGCAUUCGUUUAUUCGAUCGUAACGUUUCUUGAUAAAGUCGUUACGGGAUUGGUCGUAGUACUUAUCGAACGAUGAUCGUUUCGUUGAUCGAUCAGGAUCUAAGAAGAUUAGAACGAAUUAUUAUUAUUAUUAUUAUUUUCGUUUUUCUUUUCUCUUUUUUUUUUCUUUUUUUAUUUUUAUUUUCAUAAAGAUUUUCGAACGAUAAACCGUUCAAAGAUUUAACCAUUCAAUGAUGUAUUAUUAAAUAUUAUUUUUACAAAUGGAAAUAUUAAUAAUUAAUUCGUUUGGAAAUAAUCGAAGUACUACACGUCGAACGUAGUUCUUUUUUAUUAUUUUUUUUUUUUUUUUAUAUUUUAUUUUAGUAAUAUUUAAUAAUAAUAUGUUUGUAAUUUUUGUACAAGCGCAAAAUUAUAUUAUUUAUUUUCAAGUUAACGUCCGAUAGAUUUUAGAGAUAUUUUUAAGAUUCUUUUUAUAUUUGGAUUUUGUGAGGUUAAUUAACUGUUCGUAAUAAAACAAAACGAGAGAGACAUAGAGAGAAAGAGAGAGAGAGAAACAGAGAGAGAGAGAGAGAGAGCGAGAGAGAAACAAAGUUAACCUAAAAGUAAUGAAAAAUUUUUGAUAUAAAAUAUUAUUUAUUCUUUUACGAAGUCGAAAGUCCAACGAGAAUAAUCGAAUGAAUGUUUUGUGAGCAUAUUAAUCUCUUGGAACUUAUUUAAUGAAUUAUAAUUUGUUAUAAAUAAACUUAUUACUAUCGUA